AUGCAAUUUCCUACACAAGGACCAAUGUUUUUUCCUGAAGAAAAAACUGGGCAAGAUCCUAUGUUUUUGCUUACCAGAAACAGCACUGAUAUAAAAUUGUCUAAAAAAAAUGAAUCGUACGGCUCAAUGAAAACCGUAAAAAACAUAGAUCCUUAUCCCGCAACUGGAAACUUUAAUAACUAUCCAGAAAAAAACUCGAAUAAUUUAGGCCGAACGCUGGGAUUGUUCAUAACCGUAAUUGCUUGCUUCAUUUGUGUACUAGGAAUUGUAAAUAUUAUUUACUCUUCAUUGUCUCUUGCAUCAAAUUCCUGGGGUUGUCUUAACUCUACCCCAGCAAAUUAUUUUUCAUCGACUUUAGGUCCAAGUUCACCCUCUAUGCUUAUUUUAACAUGGAUAUGGAUUAGCGCUGGAAUGUGGGCAGCUAUACCGCCAUUUGUAACGGGCUUGGCUUUAAUAAGAAGUAAGAAAUCAAAGAAGAAAAUAGACGAUCCAAAUUACAAUCUUGGCGUCCCGACGGAACUACAAUUUUCUCAGAAUAGCUACACAAAUGCAGUAUGUGCUUUAACAAAUUAUUAA